AUGUCGCUGAAUGGGUUAGAUGAUCCCGCUGUCAUCGACGCCUAUCAAGCCGCCUUGGCCGAGGCUGGAGGAUGGCUCCUGCUCAAAUAUGCGUCCAGAGACGAGGUCACCCUGCUCAGUCGAGGCACGGGCGGUGUGCCCGACGUGCGAGCGACGGUCGAGCGAUAUGAAGACAAAUCACCCCUGUACGGCUUUCUACAAUAUCGACGCCGGAAAGUCGUCCUCAAAUACCUCCCGGAUGGAAUGUCGCGGCUGGUGCAAGGUAAAGCCAACGUCGAUCGGGUGGUGGCUUUCCAGUCUAUUCUCGACAAGUUCUCCCCCCAAGAUACCACCUUCGAGUUCAAAGCACCAGGCGACCUCACCGAGAGUGCUCUCUCAUCGGCCUGUCUCUUGCAUGCGGUGUCCGGAUCUAUAACCUCUUCCUCCAGCUCUCUGCGUCGCCGUCGAUUAAUGGAAAUCGCUGAAGAUGCCGAGGAAGGACCCCCGACCGAUUUCGCUCCGGCCGCACCACCUUACAUUUUACCGGAUGAUUCGAAUGAUAAACGACUCAGUCAGAUGUCAGAUGCGACAGCUGUCCCUCCUACAAAGAACGAAGACGACUCGCCCAUUGCUCCUAGUACUACUACCAGUGUCGCCGACAACGAUGCAGAUGCCAGAACAGAGACGGCUUCGGUGCAUUCCGUGUCGCGCAAAAGAUUCCUCGAUCAAUUCCAUCGAGACGCCUCUGAGCGUCGCAGUUCAACUCAGUCGGCACGGCCUACACUUCAGGAGCUAAACUACGCAGCCCCGUACCGCCAGAAAGUGAAGCUGGAACACCGUCCCUCGGUAGACAUCAAUAAUCGCCCACGAACCGCAGGCUCCAUGUCGCGCGGCCAGGAUCAUCGUCCGGUUGCUGCUUUGCCAGCCGGGGUUCGCUCACGCAAGCCAGCUGGAAACCCCAACCGACCAAAAUCAACCCACGACGUACCUCCGCCAGUGCCGACUCUAGCUUCUCUCAGAAAUGCACCUCCAGUUCCUCUGCUGAUCCCUCCGCCUACGUUGUCAAUUGCGAAACCGCGGCUGUCACCAGGCGCCAAGUCGAUGAAUGCGAUCCCUUCAUCCGGGAUGUCUCCGGAGAAGCAACGGUUGAUGAAAGCCCUCGAACUUCGCAAAAAACAAAUGGAGAAGAAGACUGCGGAUCUACAAAAAAAAGAGGGGCAAGCAUUAAACGAUACGACACGCAACCCUACGGUGCAUGAAUCUCUAGAAGAGGACAAAGAAAACAUGGGCCAUUCUCCGGUCACGCAAACUCCUAGCGAGGCCACAGUGACUGAGCCGGAACCAUUAGCUAUCGCGACGAAUGAUGAAAAAUCCUUGUCGGCGGAUAUUGCCAAGGCUGAUUCUGCGGUAGAAAUGGUCGCCAUGGCAUCGAAGAAUAUUGGGCCGACUGCGGCGCAGUCAGAGGAGAUUCCCAAUGGCACAGUGCAUGAAAAAGGGAUAUCUAGCAGCGUUGCAGAAGACACCAACGGUAGCCACGUGGACAACAAAGAUCUCCAGCCCCCUCAGCUGGAAGUAGAAACUUUGCCGCAGGAAACUACCAAAGACGAUGUGGUAGGCCACAACACUUCAGAUACGGGACUGUCUCGGGAAGAAACAGCGGACUUGGAAUAUACAAGGAUCAAGCUACCUGACAGCCCGCAAACCGAACAGGCAGAGACGGCAGCGGAGGCUAUCGAAGAAUCGGAGACCACGCAGGCCAGCAACGAAAACGGUACCCAGGAACUGAAAGUCCCAGCUAUUACAAUAGAGCCUGAAUUCGAGGCACCCGAAGAAGAAGAAGAAGAAGAAGAAGAAGAAGAAGAAGAAGAAGUCCGCGCGGAGGACAUCCCCUUACCGCCGGAGCUUGGGGAGGAUCUAGCAGAGGUGCCCACCGCACUAGAACCCGUCUCCACCGCGCAAAUGCAACCCCUCCCGCAACACGAAGACGAAAGAUCUGAGAAACACAAACGAAUUGCUCUGCUGGAGCCAAUUCAAGUGCCAACGCCUGACUUCUCCGAUGAUGAAAACCUCCUCUCGGACGAUUCAUUGAUGGAGGAGCUGACGUCGGCCACCGUCCAGGAGGCCCAGCCCGUGUCAGUGGGCAAGGGCCCCUUAUCGCCCGACGGAGAAGCCUGGCAGCAAACACGCUCCGUGUCGAACCCAAACCGACGCCCCAGUGAUUUCAGCUCACUCCCUGCCGACACACGAUCGAUCUCGGCCACGUUCGCUGACGGUAACAACCAGUCGAUUAGACCCAUGGUCGCCAAAAAGGUCAAUGUGUCGUCUGGCAUCUCGAAGCGUAUCAAGGCGUUGGAGAUGUUCUCAAAUAAUCGCGACAGUGUAUCAAGCCCGACAGGGAACCAUCCCAAUACUACUGCUGCUGCUGCUACAGGUAACGUCGCAUCACCGACCGCAUCUGCCUUCGAAAAAUUCCGCAAGCGUGCGUCAGUUUCAUUGAACGGUAAUCUUUCAUCAACGACUCCUAGUGCUAGGUCGUCUUUCAUUUCGACGUCCGACUCCUUUCCCUUGAACCGGAGUGACUCGAGGUCAGUCUCAAAACUGAAUACUGUUUCAGUUACUGCCCGCAUUGUGCGAGAUCCCAGCACUCCUCCGAGUGAAUUAAAUGCCAACUCUGUCGAGACGAGCGUACUCGGCCUCCAACGAAGCCCUUUAAUCGUGAAGCAUGAUUCUCCCGAAACACAAACGUCAGACCAGAUACCAUCACACGGUGUGACCGAGCUCCGAAACAGUGCCUUCUCGUCGAGAAGUUCGAGGCGUAAUUCAACCGACACGGCUAUUGGCGCUCGUUCGGACAGUCGAGCUUCUUCCCGGUCGCGAUUUGAUGAAAGAGGUAGAGGAGAUAUUGGGGCGAGUCCUGAUGAUAAAAAAGAUUCCCGUACGUCUCGAUUAAUGCGACGCAUGUCGUCGUUGAGAUCCUCGUCGCGCUUGAAUCUAAUUAGUCCACCUGGAGUAGACAAGCAACAGCUGCCGUCUCCGCACGCAGAGCAGACAGUCCGGCGUCCGCCAUCACGGGCCAUUGAUAUUGGCGAGGUCAAUGUCCAGUUUCCUGACACGCUACUCUGGAAGCGAAGAUAUCUUCGGGUUGACGACCAAGGUUACCUCGUCUUGACUCCCGGCAGUAUGGAUACCGGCGCACGCAACAUAGUCAAACGAUAUCAUCUUUCAGAAUUCAAAACCCCGUGCUUACCCGAUGAAGAAAGACAAGAACUUCCCAACAGUAUCCUGCUUGACUUCCGUGACGGCAGCACAUUGCAAUGUGCUUGCGAGUCCCGGAAGGGGCAGGCUGCUGCAUUACAAAGUUGA